GAUAUCGCUAUGGCUCACUGAUACAGGUGCAGUUCUAUCCCCUCACUGUGAUUUCCAGAUGCGGUGGCUACCCCAGUCGUUCAGAGAAGGAUUGGGUGGCUGACAGGAUGUGAGCGAUCAUCGAUCCUGGACGCCUCUAGCUGGCCCCGACAUGAUAGACGUCUAGGUCAGGAAGGGCUACGCGGCUGCUCAGUUGCGCUUCUUGUUGAGGUGAUCGGUUACCCACAAGAGCAUAGUGGUAGGACGCUGACCCUAUGGAGGAUGCUCUCUGAUCAUGAUGAGAUUGCGGAGACGAGUACCCGUUCCCAACUCGUCGUAGUGCGCGAAGUCACUGCUCCGACUUGUUUUACCGGAGAAGUUCUUCGCCAUGUCGCUUUCAUAACUUAUGCUAUCACCAUUCUUACCUGGUUCUUUGAAGAUGGUCUGUUCGGAAUGUGCCUUCAGUAUGAGAGAGCCAAGCUGACAAGAAGCAUUGUGAAGCAAAUGAGGAAAGGCCCUAGCCGUUGGCAUGCGGAGCGAUCCGCUGGCCUUGGGGCAUUAGUGCCCAGUAUGGACGAUGGAAAUGGGCCAGCUAACGGUUCUCCAGAUGUCGAAACGUGGAGCACAUGGCCACAUGAUCAAACCAAAAUAGCUGCUCGUCAUGUUCGAGGGGCGCUGACAUGGCCGUGUCAAUGUGCUUGAUCCCCGGACUUGACGUGAUAAAACGGUCUCUUAUAGGCCGAGUUUGUGGGCAUCAGGCCCUCUCCCAUAGAUGCAA